AUGCCAUCACCCCCAAAACCUUGGGAAGUCAACAACGGAGCAGCAGCAUCAGCGCCAGUCGUAUCUCAAUCAGCCACACAGCCUAUGACAGAAACAACUACUACAACGACCACUUCCUCAAUCCCCACAGUGCCCAAUAGACCAUCUACCAUGGGAACCUCGAUGGGUAUGGGUGGACUAGGAUCAAGUUAUACUGGUGGCUAUGGCACAUCGUCUUAUGGUAUGGGAGGAUAUGGUAAUUCAUAUGGAUCAAGUUAUGGCACAGGCUAUGGCUCGAGUUAUAGCAGUCCAUACAGUCGUAUGGGCAUGGGAAGCUAUGGAGGUGGAUACGGCAGCGGGUAUGGCAGUGGAUAUGGCUCUUAUGGAUCCUACGGUGGUAUGAAUUCGUAUAAUCGAUUUGGAUCUGGAGGCUAUAAUCGAUUUGGUGGAGGCAUGUAUGGACCCGACGGUGGGCCUGAUGAAUUUGGAUUGACGCAACGCAUGGAAACCAGCACUCGAGCUACUUUUGAUAUGAUUGAGUCCAUUGUCAGUGCCUUUGGUGGGUUUGCACAAAUGCUGGACUCUACAUACAUGGCAACCCAUUCGAGUUUCAUGGCCAUGGUCGGUGUAGCAGAGCAGUUUGGCAAUUUGAGACACUAUUUGGGUGGUAUAUUCAGCAUAUUUGCAUUGAUACGUUGGGUGAAGCGACUCUUGUACCGACUUACAGGAAGAACCCCACCACCAGAGUUAUAUGGACCUACAGAAGAGCAGCAGCAGUUGACUGCAGAAGCAGGAGAGGAAACAGGGGCUCUCCAAAUCACAGAAAAUGGCGAGGCUGUUGAAGCAGCCACUACAGCUGAUGAUACCGGGUCUGGAGAGCAACACCAACAACAGCAACAAGUCGCUAGUGUGUCUCGCAAACGUCCCAUUAUCAUAUUUUUGGCUUUGGUAACUGGUUUACCUUAUCUAAUGUACAAAUUGAUUCAACGAUCCAAUGAAUACAACCGAGCAAGGCAAGCAAGAAUGAUGAUACCCCAAUAUGGAGGAGGACCACCACCCGAAUUAGCUAGAGUGAUGCAUGAUUUCGUUUCUGAAAAUCCUAUAGAAUUAACAAUUCGCAGAGGCGAGAUGAUUCACGUACUAUCCAAAGUGGAUCCAACAACUGGAGGACCUUGUGAUUGGUGGCAAGGAAGAACAGCAAAUGGCACCAUUGGUAUAUUCCCUGCAAAUUAUGUACAAAUUGAAAAUCCUGGCUACUAA